AUGAGUUUAUCAAAAUUUACAAAAAGUUCAUUACAAUUGAGCAGAAUAUGCUCAAAAUUAGAUAAGCAAGCAAAAAAUCAAAUAAUAUGGAAUGGAUUAAGAAAUAUAAGUAAUUUAAAUAUACAGAAAUUGAAUAAAAACAUAAAUGAUUCUAUUGGAAAAAAAAAUUUUAGUACGAGUGAAAACUAUGAAUUUAAAGCAGAAACAAAAAAGUUAUUGCAAAUAGUUGCUCAUUCAUUAUAUACAGAUAAAGAAGUAUUUAUAAGAGAAUUAAUAAGUAAUGCUUCUGAUGCUAUUGAAAAAUUGAGAUUUAUUCAAUGUGCUUCUGUUAAAAGUUCAGAUACAACUGAAGAGAAAAAUAUUCCUUUUUAUAUAAAAGUUUCAACUGAUGAAAAAGAAAAAUUAUUUAUUAUUGAAGAUAGUGGAAUUGGUAUGAAUAAGGAAGAAGUUAUUGAAAACUUAGGUACAAUAGCUAAAAGUGGAUCAUUAAAUUUUUUGAAUUCUUUAAAAGAAAAAAAUUUUUCUGAACAAAGCCAGCUUAAUCAGGAGAAAGCAGGGGAUAUUAUUGGCCAAUUUGGUGUUGGUUUUUAUAGUUCUUUUGUUGUUUCUGAUAAAGUAGAAGUAUAUACUCGUUCUUAUGAUAAUGAAAAAGGAUAUUAUUGGAAAUCAGAUGGUAAUGGAAUGUUUACUUUAAAAGAAGUGGACAAUCUACAAAGGGGAACAAAAAUUGUAUGUCAUCUUAAAGAAAGCUGUAAAGAAUUUUCUGACAUUAAUAAAGUUCAACAAAUAGUAGAAAAGUUUUCUUCAUUUAUUAACUUCCCUGUGUACAUAGUAAAUAAAAAAAAAGUAGAAAAUAAAGAAUUAAAAGAAGAAAACGAAAAAAAAUUAGAUGAUAAAAAAAAAGAGGAAACAAAAAUUGAAAGCUCCAUUAAUGGAAAUGAAUCAGAAACUAUUAAGAAAAAUAUCAGUGAGGAUAGUUCCGUAGUUAGAGAAGAAACAGAAGAAAUAUUAAUAAAUAAUCAAAAACCCUUAUGGUGUAAAGAUGAUGUAUCAGAAGAAGAACAUAUAAGUUUUUUCAAAUUUUUAAACAAAAAAAAAUCAUAUGAUGACAAUAAAAGUUACAUAUAUAAAUUAUUAUAUAAAACUGAUGCACCCAUGUCUAUUAAAAGUGUUUUUUAUAUACCUGAAGAAGCACCAUCAAGACUUUUUCAACAAAAUAACGAAAUAGAGAUUUCUUUAUAUUGCAAAAAAGUAUUAGUAAAAAAAAAUGCUGAUAAUAUUAUACCUAAAUGGCUUUAUUUUGUUAAGGGAGUAAUUGAUUGUGAAGAUAUGCCCUUAAAUAUAAGCAGAGAAAAUAUGCAAGAUAGUACUUUAAUGGAUAAGCUAUCAAGAGUAAUUGUUACAAAAAUUUUAAAAACAUUAGAAAAAGAAGCAGAUACAGAUGAACAAAAAUAUUUAAAUUUUUAUAAAAAUUAUAAUUAUAAUUUAAAAGAAGGAGUUUUGGAAGAUUCUACAAAAAAUCAAUAUAAGAACAUUUUGAUGAAUUUAUUGCGAUUUUAUUCCAUAAAUGAAAAUAAAUAUAUAUCAUUAAAAGAAUAUAUAAAAAAAUUUAAAAACAACCAAAAAAAUAUAUAUUAUUUUUCAGCAAAUGAUAAAAAUGUGGCUUUAUCUUCCCCAUAUAUGGAACCAUUUAAAAAAAAAAAUAUAGAUGUUUUAUUAUUAUUUGAAGAAAUUGAUGAAUUUGUGUUAAUGAAUUUACAAUCUUAUAAUGGCUCUAAAUUUGUUUCUAUUGAUUCUUCCCAGAAUGAAGACUUUGAUGAUGCUGUAUUAAGUGCUAAUAAAAAUGAUAAAGAAAGUAAACAACAGAAAACAAAUGUUUUUAAUGAAGAGCAGAAAAAAGAAUUAGAAAAAUAUUUUAAGGAAGUAUUGGGAAGCAAAUGUUCUGAUGUGAAGUUUUCUGAUAGAUUAACCUCUUCACCAGCUGUAGUUACAGGAUUUUUAUCUCCAACUUUAAGAAAAGUUAUGAAAGCAACAAUGAAAAAUGCAGAAUUUCAAGAUAAUAUGUUACAAAAUUUACCUGCUACAUUAGAAUUAAAUCCAUCUCACACUAUUGUUACAUCCAUUUAUCAUUUAAAAAAUACUAAUCAAGAGGUAGCUAAAUUAUUAGUUCAACAACUUUAUGAUAAUGCUUGUAUUGCAGCAGGAAUUUUAGAAGAUCCUAGAUCACUUUUAAGUAAAUUAAAUGAAUUAUUAUUAUUAACAGCUAGAUAUGCAUAUCAUUAUGAAAGAAAAAGCUUAGAAGAAGAAAGCAAUGCAGAAAAUUCUGAUACCAGAAAAAUAAAUGUUAACAAUGAAGACAGUGGUGAAGUGCCAAUUGAAAAUAAUAACGAGGAUGGUAAAGAUAAAAGGGAAAGUGUUGAAAUGAAAGAAACAUAA